GAGACUGUAUGAUCUAAGAGAGAGUGAAGGGUGGUUAAAUAGGUUUUUUGUUUGAAUGAGCCAGAGGGGAAGAGGGCAGAGAGGCAGCAAAAAACACUUUACCUCAUAACUGGAGACUGAUCAGCAGCUGACAUAAGGUUUAUGGAUGGGCCAUAAAUACUGGGCCACAGCAGAACAUCCAGCAGAUCCGCUGUCAACUCCAGCCACUUCGCUGAGAUACAAUGGACAUUUCUAUUCAUCAUCCCUGGUACCGCCGACCCUGGUUCCCAGGUUUCUUCCCUUCUUCCCAUCGAAUUUAUGACCAGUAUUUUGGAGAGCACCUACCCGACAGCGACCUAUUUUCACCUUUCUACACCAUGUUUUACUAUCGACCUUAUUUCUGGCGCUUUCCAAACUGGUGGGACAGUGGCAUGUCAGAGAUGAGAAUGGACAGAGAUCGCUUUGUAAUCAACCUGGAUGUGAAGCACUUCUCUCCAGACGAACUGACUCUCAAGGUCAAUGAUGAUUUUAUUGAGAUUCAUGGGAAACAUGAUGAGCGGCAGGAUGAGCAUGGAAUUGUGGCAAGGCAGUUUUACAGGAAGUAUAAGAUCCCAGCUGGUGUAGAUCCAGAAUCCAUCACCUCCUCUCUCUCCUCUGAUGGCGUUCUGACCAUCUGCGCAUCUCGCCAGCUGCUGGACAUCCCUGAGCGCAACAUCUCCAUCACCUGUGGAGAGAAGCCACCAGCGCAGAAGUAAACUCGUCAAUAGCUACACCCCUGCCCCUCGUCUCCAAACAAGCCACGACUGACAGAAUCACUUACUGUAUUUCAACAGGCAUAUGCUUUAAUGCAACACAUAACCAAAGAAAGACAUAUAAACAGAAACAUAUCUGUCCAUAUAGUGAACAAUACAGUAUCAGGCAAAACGCACAGUGGGUCGGUGCUUUAGGCCUGUAAACGCAGGUUGUUAUAGGAGUUGGGUUUGGUUUGUUAUAUUUAUGGCCUACAGCUGGACGUUGUAUGUAAUUAUGUGGUUGACUUGGAUGAUGAUUGUAACUUUGGCUUUGAGAGGAAGCAGAAUUGAAAUGGGACAUUGUGCAGCACUGGCCUCUGUGUCUGAAUUUAAUAAAUCCCCAGGUCAAAAUACUGAUGAAUGGUGGUAUUAUUUACUCAUCUGUGAUUUCUCAGCAUAUGUUGUGCAUCUGAAUGUAAAGUAUGCUGUGCUUAUUAAUCUGUUUGAUACUGGGGUCUAAACUAUGAUGGACUAAGUUGAAUGUGUUUUGCUGAAUGUUGUUGCACUUAAUGGACAGUAUAAUAAAGAUGAUUUUGUAAAUUUAUAUUAUGAUUAAUCACUCAAAUGUGCCUUAUUUACCUCAGUGGUGUAACAAGAUGCCAUGGAUCACAUUUGAUUGUCAAAUGUGGUAGAAUUUAAAAAAAAACAAAAAAAAACAACACAUCCUGAGUUUGGAUCGCUGAUGCAGGGGUGUAGUUAUUGACAUAAUUCCCCUUGUUUAGUCCACUGUCAUUCCCAAUGUGCUUUAUGUUUUAUUUUCCAUACCUCUUAAAGUGAUGUGUUAUAACUAACAAGCAACUGUGACUGCUAAUUUCAGCAUUAAAAAAAGGUUGUUUUUACUUCUUGAGUAUGGAACCACAUCGAACUGUAUGCAGUUUGCAUAUUUAGUAUUUUAAAUAAGCAUU